GACAGAAACGGGUGAAAGGUGGAGAGUUGUCGGCGAACUGGAAUCCACACAGUUUACAUUUUUGGGUGGAUUUAUUUGAGGAUAAUAAUGAACGUGAACGGAAUACUUCUUUUAUCCAAAUGUGUGAAACAAACUGGGAAACGUUUUCUCGCCAGUCAUGCCGGGAAACAAGCGGUACUGCUUCAACAACAGCAAAAAAGAUCCUUCAGAACUCAGUCCCGACAGCUCGCAUACGCCAAGGAUCUGUUUAUGGGGCAAGUAAACAAGAAAGAAGUUUUCCCCUUUCCAGAAAUCUCUAAUGAUGAAGUUGAAGAGAUUAGUCAGCUUGUUGCACCUGUUGAGAAAUUCUUUAGCGAAGAAGUGGACUCGGCGAAGAUUGACAGAGAAGCCAAAAUUCCCCCUGAAACACUUAAUGGACUCAAAGAACUGGGCCUGUUUGGGAUGCAAAUUCCAGAGGAGUAUGGCGGUCUCGGACUGUCUAACACAAUGUACGCACGGCUAGCUGAGAUCACUGCUUUAGAUGGUUCUAUCGCGGUUACACUGGCUGCACAUCAAGCCAUUGGUCUCAAGGGGAUCCUAAUAGCUGGAAGUGAAGAACAGAAGAAGAAAUAUUUGCCAAAACUGGCUACUGGAGAACACGUAGCAGCUUUUUGUCUCACUGAGCCAGGAAGUGGAAGUGACGCUGCCUCUAUUCAGACUCGAGCCACAUUGUCAGAAGAUGGUGCUCAUUAUCUGAUCAACGGCUCUAAGAUAUGGAUUUCUAAUGGAGGGUUUGCAGACAUCAUGACAGUAUUUGCACGCACAGAGGUAGAGGAAAAAGGAGUGAAGAAGGAUAAAAUAACAGCUUUUAUUGUUGAGAGGGCCUUCGGGGGCAUCACCAGUGGGAAGCCUGAAGACAAACUGGGAAUACGGGGUUCUAACACUUGUGAAGUUGCCUUUGACAAUGUCCCGGUGCCAAUAGAGAAUGUCAUUGGAGAAGUAGGAGGUGGAUUCAAGGUUGCUAUGAAUAUCCUGAAUUCUGGAAGGUUCAGUAUGGGCAGUUCAUCCGCUGGAAUGAUCAAGAAACUUAUAGAACUGACAUCUGAGUACGCUGCCUCACGGAAGCAGUUCAACAAGAACCUGAGUGAAUUUGGAAUGAUCCAGGAAAAGUUUGCUCUGAUGGCCAUGAACGCUUACGUGAUGGAGAGCAUGGCCUACCUCACUGCAGGAAUGAUGGACAAACCAGGGCUUCCUGACUGUUCUGUUGAAGCAGCCAUCGUGAAAAUCUUCAGUUCAGAGGGAGGUUGGAUUUGUGUCAGUGAAGCUCUGCAGGUUCUCGGGGGUGUGGGUUACACCAAAAACUACCCCUUUGAGCGGUACGUCAGAGACUGCCGCAUCCUGCCCAUUUUUGAGGGGACCAAUGAGAUCCUGAGGAUGUACAUCUCUCUCACUGGGAUGCAGUACGCUGGAAAAAUCCUGACAGGAAAAAUCAAAGAGAUGAAGAAGGGUAACAUUGGUCUUGCUUUGGGGAUGGCAGGACAAAAGCUGAGAGCGGCUCUCGGUGCCUCUGUCGACUAUGGACUGACCGGGAAAGACGGUGUGGUUCAUCCCAGUUUAGCAGAAAGUGCAAAGAAGUUUGAGCUGAAUGUGUCACAUUUUGGGUCGACAGUGGAGAGUCUGCUGUACAGAUACGGGAAGACCAUCGUGGACGAACAGCUCGUCCUGAAGAGAGUGGCAGAUGUGCUUAUUAACCUGUACGCCAUGACUGCAGUCCUGUCCCGAACCAGUCGCUCCAUCAGCAUCGGACUGCGCAACCACGAUCACGAGGUCCUGCUCGCAAACACAUUCUGCACCGAGGCGCACUUUAAGAACAAUUACAUGUUGACUCAGUUACAAAAGCACGCUCCGGAGAACAACGACGCCAACAUCAAGAAGAUCGCAACGCAGGUUUUGAACAACAGAGCCUACGUCUGCUCUCAUCCUUUAGAAAGAACGUACUGACCUCCCGACCUGAGGUAAUUUAACAGAAUAACUCUAUUUAUAAAUUCAAUGCUGCUGUUGAAUUUAUUGACAGUAAACCGUAGUGGGCCAGGCCUGUGCACUUAACCAAAUCUGACCUGUUUAACUUUUAAAGACUCUUCAUUUAGUCUAAUUGAUUAACGAGUUUCUCAGGAGUGUACGUACUGGUUAAAAGCUACACAGUGAUCAGAGAUUUCAGUCACUUAAUAGUCCACUCCUUUUACUGUUGAACUUUCUAACACUUUUAUACACAUUCUGAUUGUGUUUAUUCAAACGUUUGUGUAGAUGUCAGAUGUCCAGCUGAAGUGCUCUUUAUGACACCACAUUCUGCUCACUUUUUGCAGUUUUAAUUCCCAUUUUCUGUUUGUGAAUACGUUGCUUCAGUGAUUUUUCUUUUUUUAUGUGACAACUUUAAAAUGAAAAAUGUCCUUUUCUUCCUCUGUCAAAGGCGGAGCUGCUCGCUUGUAAAGAAACGAUGAUUUUUUGUCAAAUCUCCUGU